AUGGCCCAUACACUUAGUGAUUUUCGAAGACGCGAGUAUUGUACUUCACCUCCUAAAAAGAAGUCCAAGUCUAAUGUUUCUAAAGAGAGGGAUGGUAGCUCCAAGAAAAAGACAACGGUAUUAGCGGCCCAAAAGAAGACAACAGACUUAGCAUCCAAGGAAUUUUCGCAUCCAAAGAAGUCGAAUUCUAAGCCUAAGUCCAACUUAGAGGUGGUGGGUAGUUGUGAUCGUAAAACACAAGAAUCAACCACCAAAAGCAAGAAAGCAGGACUUGUAUACGAUGCAAUUCAAGGUCUUGGCCCGUCAUGCAAAUACUUGCAGUUUAUCAUGACUUCGGCGCCUGAUGAUAUAUAUGAUAAUACUACCAUCCCAUUGGCGGCCUCAGUUUGGCACUCGGAUUUUGAUCAAGAAACAUACAUAACUGCGUCUGAUAUAGGAGAGUUCCUUCGCGGGGCGUGCUUAAACAUUUCAGCGAUCCAAGUCUACAUAUUGUAAUUAAAUGUUUUAUUGUUGUUAAUAUAACUAUUAUUUCUUUGAAGUUUUUUCUCUUUAUCGAUCUUAAUAGUGUAAUCUUGUUUAU